GCUUCUAGAUCUGAGUCAUCCUCGGUCAAAUUUUUGUGUGUUUUUUUCUUUUCAUUUUCUUAGCCCAAAAUGGAAAAGGAAUGAAAGUCAAAAUGAAAAUUGGAAAAGUCAAAGAUGUUUUUUUAUUUUAUUUUUUUAUAAUUAUUUAAUGAUACUAGUUAUUUAACGAUUUUGAUGAGAGAUUCUGGUUAUUUAGUUUAGCUAUUUAUAUUUGUUCUUAAAAGUCUUUUGGAUUUGGUUGGUGGUAGUGGAGUUUGUUUAUUAGGAGUUUCUUUGAAGGAAUAGUGGGUCAGGGGCUUUGAAGAAGAGGUACUUUCAAUUGCAUCGAUAUCUAUUAAGAAAUUAAAAUAUGCAGACACCAAAAGCAAGAGCCAGUGCUUCAGAAUUGCCCCAAAGGAAAUCUCCCGUAACCCCUCGAGCUGCUGCUCGGCAACUGAAGACACCGAACUCUGGUUCUAACUCAGCCUCCUCCUCUCCAAACCCCCUAAGAAAGUUGCCAAAAGACAGGAGUCCGAAAGUAAUUGAACGCAGGUUAUCGCACAGUCCAAUAUCUGAGAAGAAGCGACCUAGCAAGGUCCAGGAAUUGGAGUCGCAGAUUGCACAGCUUCAAGAAGAUCUGAAGAGUGCGAAGGAUCAACUUAACUCAUCAGAGUCAUGGCAGAGAAAAGCUCAAGAGGAGGCGGAAGAAGCGAAGAAGCAGAUACUAUCCAUGUCAAAAGAGCUGGAGGAAUCCCAUCAACAGCUUUUGGACCUUUCCGCUUCAGAAGAAGGACGGCUUCAAGAACUCGGUAAAAUUUCUCAGGAUCGAGACCGAGCAUGGCAAUCUGAACUUGAGGCUGUCCAGAAGCAGCACUCAAUGGAUUCAUCUGCUCUAGUAUCUGAAAUACAGAAAUUGAAAAGUCAACUCGAACGAGCACGCGAGUCUGAAUCUACUCAGACCAACAAUGCAGAGUCAGAUCAGGAUGAGAUUCACGACUUGAGGAUGGAUCUUGGUGAAGCUUUCUCUAUGUUGGAGAAACUAAAAAAUGAGGCAAGUGAUUGCAAAGCGUCCGAAUCCAUGGCCUUAGAAGUAAUCGGAAAAAUGCAAAUGCAAUUGGAAGCGGUAAAUAAGACAGUGGAAACACUCCGGUCAGAUGGUAUAAAAGCAACGGAAGCUUACAAUUCCUUAUCUUUGGAGUUAGAGCAGUCAAGAACUCAAGCAAGAUUCUUGGAGGAACUUGUGAGCAAACUUGAGGCUGAUUUGCUUAGCAGUGCUAACAAAAACAUAUCUGAUUCACCUGAUGAAAAGGGGCUCUCUCAAGAAAAUGAGGAGAUAAACCAGCUCAAAGCCGAGCUUAUCUCUGCUGAAUCGGAAGUAGCUCAGUUGAAAUCUGCAUUGGAGGUUACCGAGAUAAGAUACCAAGAGGAGUAUAUCAAAAGCACAUUGCAGAUUAGAAGUGCUUACGAACAACUAGAACGUACAAAAUUAGAAUCCAGUCAGCGAGAGGCUGAAUUAUACGAAGAAUUGAGGAAAGCUAAAGCUGAUACUGAAGAGCUAAAAGCGAGUCUAAUGGAAAAGGAAUUUCAAUUGUUGAGUAUGAUAGCGGAGAAUGAGGGACUCAGUUCCAGGAUCAAUGUAAACCAAUCUACCGAAAUGGAAUCUAAACUUGCAGCAGAGCUCAAUAAAUUGGACGCUGAUAUUGCCGAGUGGAAGGCGAAAUUAUUCGAUAGAGAGACAGAGCUGAAAAAUGUAACUGAAGAAAACAGUAUGCUCAAGAUGGAGAUAACAGAGUUGGAGAAGAAUAAAAUCACUGAUGAAGCUGUUGCUUCAGUUGAAGCAGCAAGGGCUUCAGAGCAAGAGGCUUUGUCAAAACUUAGCUACGUAAUGGAAGAAGCGGAGAAAAGUAACAGAAGAGUGGCUCGCGUAACUGAGCAGUUAGAUGCUGCUCAGGCUGCGAAUUCGGAGCUGGAAGCUGAAUUAAGGAGAUUGAAAGUUCAGUCUGACCAGUGGAGAAAGGCAGCUGAAGCAGCUGCCUCAAUGCUUUCUACCGGAAACAAUGGAAAAUGUGUAGGGAGAAACGGCUCGCUUGACAGUAGCUUCAAUUCUAUUACUAGCAAGACAAUGAAUUCGCCUUAUUUGGAAGACACGGAUGACGAGUCCCCAAAGAAGAAAAACAAGAACAUGCUGAAGAAGAUUGGAGUGUUGUGGAGGAAGAAUCAUCAUUAAGUAGAUGUGACUACUGGUUAAAAUGUUGGCCAUGGCUUUACUCUUCUUAUGUUGUUUCAUUGUACUCCUUUAUUCUCAUUGGAUAUUGUUAUUGUUAGAUAUUUUUUGGUACCAACUUUCUUCAGUCAUGACUAUUUAAGCAGAGUUAAUUGUGACAAUGAAAUAUCCAACCUGCUGAAAUGAAGCGAGUUAUGAAUGAUUCUGAUAUUGACAAGCUGUUCAACUGAUAUAGGAACCUGUUGUAUUUGUUUCUAUAAGUAAAUUACUAUGUUUUAUUGUAAUAAUCACAUCAUUAGCAAGUGGCAAGAUUCUGGAUGAAAA